CACUGGUGUUGUAGUGCAACUCGGUGAUGCAAGUGGGGGAAAUCUACGAGCUGAGAGGGGCUACCACGUCCGACGAGCUGCCAACCGGAUCCCCAUCCAAAUCCAUGCCAUGCCAGCGAACUCACCUGCCUGCAAGUAACUACACCACAUGAGAUCUCACACCAUACAGUCUAGGAGAGAAGGAACAUACGGGAGAGAUGGAUGGGGAAGAAGAGAUGCCCGAGGGGAACUCACGGCCGCCCACGGCCACCAGCCGAUGUAGGCUCGAUCUCAACGAUGGGAGACGACGUCUGGGCUCCACGGUGGUAAUGGUGAUGGAGUGCUGCUAACCGGAUGGGUGGACAACAAAUGAUUUUGUCGUGUCUAUUUCAGCGUGUUGAAGCCGUCUAAACUUCCAUUUUAUCGAGUGUGUCGUGUUUCAUAAUGCCAAUAAUCUCUCCGCAGCCGACUCGCCCCGGUGGGGCUGACUGAGCUCCGGUCCGCCUCGACCCGCGGCCGUACGCCCCGGAGCUCCACCCGUCGCGCCGCGUCGGAGCUCGUCGCCGGCGAUGGCUUCCGCGGUGGGCGCUUCGACCGCCACGCGGUUCCUCCCGCGGCUCCCGGACCCGUGGCGGCCGCGUCGUGCGCGCGCGGCGCUCCCGCCGCUCACGUGGCGGCCUCCCGCGGUCACGGUGGCCGCGGCGUCGCCCCGACCUGGGGAAGCGGAAGGUAGGCGGCGGGAGAGGACGCGGAGGCGGCGCGCCAGGGGGCCGGGGCAAGAGGAAGGCGUCUCGCUAAGCUCUGAAAAGGAGACGCUAAAUUCUACUCCACGUGCUCAAACCAACAAGGAUGCAGAGCCCGAACCGGUGUCCAGCACGACUGGGAAAGGUUCUGCCAUUAGAAGGGUGACACUGGUGGUUCUCGCUGCAGUGCUUUUUGGAGUUAGCAUUGCCUUGAGGGACGGGGCUGAGAAGGCAUCGGAGUAUUUUGCUGGGUAUUUAUUGGAACAGAGUUUGUCGGUGGACAAUCUCUUUGUUUUUGUUCUGGUCUUCAAGUAUUUCAAAGUGCCAAAAGAAUACCAGAAUCGAAUACUUUCUUAUGGUAUUGCUGGAGCUGUGGUCUUUCGGGCUGUGAUGAUCAUCUUAGGAACAGCUAGCAUCCAGAAAUUUGAGGCGGUGAACUUGCUGUUGGCUGUGAUCCUGUUAUUCACUUCUUACAAGCUAUUUGCUGAAGAAGAACAAGAAUCUGAUCUAUCCGAUAACUUCAUUGUGAAAACAUGCCAAAAGUUCAUUCCAGUCACUGAAUAUUAUGACGACGAUCGGUUUUUCACAAAUCAAGACGGUUUAUGGAAAGCUACACCAUUGCUCUUGACUUUGGCAGUGAUUGAGCUAAGUGAUAUUGCUUUUGCUAUUGACUCAAUACCAGCAGUUUUCGGCGUCACAAGGGAUCCACUUAUAAUACUAUCAUCAAAUAUUUUUGCUAUUUCUGGUUUGCGGCCACUCUAUGUGCUCAUUUCUGAAAGCAUGAGUGAAUUGGAGUAUCUACAGCCUGCCAUUGGUAUUGUGUUGGGCUUCAUAGGGACAAAGAUGAUCUUUGACUUCUUUGGUUAUCAUAUACCAACAGAAGCUUCGCUUGCUGUAGUAACUACCUGUCUUAGUGGAGGCGUCAUAUUAAGUCUUAGGAAAGCAUCAAAAGUUGAGGGGGACAAGUAGACUGAUGCAACAACACAUGCAGGUAACGCUUUUGACCCGAGAUGUGAAAUGAAUUUAUCCUCUACGCAUGCUGUGUAGGACCAUGUGUGUAACGUUCUGAGAAUUAGUCACAGAAAAGAAGCUUGUAGAAAAGGGAAGAGGAGGAAGAAAGGGCAUUGUGUUUAGAUUACCUUGCUCCGUAUUGGUGUUGUUAGGGUGGUGGUCUGCUUGUAUAGUGGUCUACUUUGUAUCGCAUCGUUGAAUCUGAUCUAGUACAUGCUGCUGGUGUCCCUUGUAAACGGAAGGAAUCAUUCAUUAUCGACAGCGCCAUUUCGUCC